AUGCCUACCACAUAUUUUUCACCGACAAUCAAAAUACCAGCACUAAAACCGAAUCACCUCUCCGAAGGCUCAUACACAUGUAUACAAGACGAGAUAAAAGCGUAUAGCGUUUUUGGUCGAUCCUCUUCGCCAAACAUAAAUUACAAUUGUGGUCAGAAAAAAGCAAUUAUUGUUGCGCAUGAUAUGUUUGGAUUUACGUUAAAUUCAGAGCAGAUCUGUGAUAUAAUUGCUGGUCAAGGAUAUCGAGUUGUGAUGCCUUAUUUGUUUCUGGAUGAACCUUAUACGCGCGAGAGGGCAUAUGCGGAAUGCAAUAUCGAACGGUUUUCUUGGAUAUCAAAAGUUGCACCCGUAGGUCACAUUAAUCUCGUUAUUGAUAAAACGAUAUCAUACCUUCGCAAAGAAGGAAUCGAAAAUUUCGGAAUAUGUGGUCUAUCAUGGGGUGGAAAAGUUGCCGCUCUCGCAUCACAAAACCGAAUAUUUAGCGCCGCCAUUACAAUACAUACACCCUGGUUAACGUUCGAUGAUCUAAAAGAUAUACAAUGUCCAAUUGCCAUCAUAACGUCUGGUGAUUUACAGGAUCUUUCACAUGCUGUAACAAGCUUGCAAAAGACAAAACCGUUCGCACGAAAAAUUGUUCAUGUACGGUUCCAGAAUUUACGAUAUGGCUGGUUAAGCGUUUUUGGCGAUUUCACGAAUCCAGUAAUCGCUGAUUUGGCGACCGAUGUGUUAAAAGUCGCAAUUACGUUUUUCAAAGAAAAUCUCGGAAUACGGAGUUAUUAA